AUGAUCAAGCGAUCGUCUGUGGAAGCAUCUAGAGGAAACGAACAAGUUACGCCAGAGGCCAACGGAGGACACGUGCAUUCGCAUUCUUCUGUGAACCAUGACACCAUCGCGGGAAGGGCAAAGAACUUUCCGGCCUUUGGCACACGGGCAUCGUCCUGCGUGGCACAGAGUACUACUUCGGCUGCUUGGGCGUCGACAAGCUCCCCGGCGGGGAAGACCGGCCUCGGGGAUCCGCACCGGAUCGUCAGCCUCGGUCACACCGAGCUACCUCACGACGUCUGCGUGGAGUAUAUCCGAGACCUGGCCAGGUACAGCUACAGGCGCAGCUCGUAUGACCUGUUCCGCCACAACUGCAACCAUUUUUCCGAAGACCUGUCCUUGUUCCUGACCGGCAACUCCAUACCGAUGGAUAUUCGUGAACUGCCCGACGACUUCUUGAGCACGCCUAUGGGAAACAUGAUGCAUUCCUUCCAGCACAUGUCGGACGAGGCCCUUAAGGCGCUAGAACAGCAUUCUGUUCAUGAACAACAACGAAACCCGCAGAGUCCUCGCCCACCACAAUGAAUGGACCGUCUCAAGCUCGCCAUGGUAAGAGCACCGAAAGAGACGUCCCAUGAUCCUGGAACUGAUGGGUAUCUUAGAAACUUGCUAGCAUUACUGAGUUGAAUGCCUGUCGAUUUUUUUUCACUGCACCGUUUAUGUUAAUUUAUU